AUGCUUCGAGUCAUUGUAGAGUGCCAUCGUGAGUGUGAACGUGGGCUGCUCGCACCUUAUAUCAACCUCACUAAGGCAUUUGACACCGUGCAUUGCGAAUCACUCUGGGAGAUCCUGAGACUAAGACGAAUUCCGACGAGGAUUAUUGGAUUAAUAGCAAACCUAUAUACAGGCACUGGAAGUGUUGUAAAUGCAGUUCAUGACUCUAGGCUGUCACACCAGGAAAUCUCUAGUCAUCUUGACUUCUGCAAGGAUGUCAUUGCUUCAUUAUUAACCGAGUCCAACAUCCGGAGAACAGUGAGAGUUGCAGAUAAAUAA